AGGUAUCCCCAUCAGAGUGCCCCUUUACAUCAGGUAUCCCCAUCAGAGUGCCCCUUUACAUCAGGUAUCCCCAUCAGAGUGCCCCUUUACAUCAGAGUGCCCCCCUUAACAUGAGAUGCCCAGAGUGCCCCCCUUAACAUAUGAUGCCCAUCAAUGUGCCCCUUAACAUAAGAUGCCCCUCAGAGUGCCCAUUAAUAAAAGAUGCCCAUCAGAGUGCCCCCUUAAACAUAAGAUGCCACUCAACAAGAUAUGCCCAUCGGAGUGCCCCUCUACACUAUAUGCCCAUCGGAGUGCCCCUCUACACUUUAAUGCCCAUCGGAGUGCCCCUCUACACUUAAUGCCCAUCGGGUGCCCCUCUACACUUAAUGCCCAUCAGAGUGGCCUCUUAACAUAAGGGGCACUUAUGGGCACAUUUAUAUGAAGGGUCACACUGAUGGGCACGUU